UAUUAUCUGUGGACCUGUGGGAAAAGCUAUGGAUCAAACAAUGCUGACACAAGAUUAAUGUGGCAGCCACUUUCUGCUGGGUAUUGGUUUAGUGGAAUUGGGGUGAACUCUGACAUGGGCUGCAGCUCCCCUCUACCAAGUCUAUCCAACCCUGACAAAACCACUGAAAUUCCUGCUCCUCAAGAUACCAUUUCCAGUACUGGCCCUGGCAGUUACAGCAGCAGCACGAACAUGGCUGAGAAUGAGUUUGACAAUGACUACACUAGUUUCAGGGAUGGACGCUAUAGCAGCCCUGAGGUCAAUGAAUAUGGGGUUGUUUAUGCAGCCUCUCACACUAGUGGGUAUGACAGCAGUGCUCCAAGUGUCAGUUAUAGUGGCGGCUAUGGUAGCUCAAGUAGUAGAUAUGUAGGGAGCAGCUCUGAGGGGUUUGUUACCUCUCCUCAUGAGGAGGACUGGAGCUCUGGAUCUGCUACCAACUACGGUGUUGAUGAUGAGACCCCUGAGGCAAUCAUCAGUGACCUCUCAGAUCUGGAGCCAGUCUACUCUUUCAGCUCUCGUUCAAGCUACCAGCGGGGAAGAACAGUAUUUGCUCAAACCCAAUACACCCCAGGAGAGCCUGUUCCCCUAGUCAUGCCAGUAUCCAGACACAUCAGCAAAACAUCUAAGCAAAGCAGUUCUGCUGAAGCUCCAGCCAAAGGUGGCUUCUAAAAUACCUUUCUGGUAAAGCAC